AUGUCGACGAGGCCAGGAGUGGCAGAUGCUCAGUCUUUGGCUGCAUCGGAGAGCUCUCUCGGUCGUGAAUCUAAUGUUCCGUUCUCUUCUUCUCCUUCGACUUCCCACCCAGUCCAAGCAAGUGCCUCUCCAGCGAGGAGGAGCGGAUUAAUGAGUCGUAUCUUCGGUUCCAGCCGAGAUAAGGAAGUUGUUCGACCACUAAAUCCUGUUGUUACCGUCGAAGGUGCUAUAUCACAAAGUGCGUGGGCUGGAAUUAGCCGCAACAGCCCGAUAAAGACCCGCAUUAAAACUUUGAUGCAACUGCAAGAUUCGUCAAGUCGAAAACGCAACGACUCCUUCACACGACAUCAUACAAUGGUGCGGAAGAUGAUUUGUGACUAUUUCAAGCGUCCAACUGUUCUGAAAUCCCGAACACUACAACUUUCUUCACUGGAGGGCAUUUGGCAUGACUCUAAUGACAUGCUGAACGAUCCAGAUACAAAAGUACCAACGUUAAAGGUCCUCAUUGAAAUGACGGAAACUCAGUACUCGCAACUCGGUUUACCUCUAAAGCACACUUUUUUCAAAGCCAUUCAACAGAUAGGUUGUGAAGAGCUUAGUCUUAAAUGGCUCAACGUACUUAGCGAAUACGGGAAGACAAUUACCGGGUUUGAAAAGGACAUGGACGUUCUCGUAGCGAAAUGGGUCGGAGAAACUCUUCUAGCUAAGGAUCACCCACAAACACUUCUUGUCCUGGAAUUAGCUCAACAUCUUAUACAACACAAUGCUGCAUUUAUUGGUGAUGAAAGUUUGAAGACGAUAGUGCAUGCAGUCUGCGUUAGAGCCUGUAAAACUAUGGAUCCACUCAUAUCUAACUGUUUGGAAGUACUGGAUAGCGUUUUGAAAUAUAGUGACCUACCUCCUAGUGAGUUAAUGUCUGUGGUGGCUACAUUCUGCGUGCUUGUUUGCGAGAAUAAGUUCAGAGAACAGGCUUGGUCCCUUGCGAGAUCUCUGCUUACCUCACAAAUGGGACAGAGAACGCGAAAGGCGCUUAUAUCUAUACUCAAUGGGACUGGGACUGGUCAGCGACUUCACGGAGAACGACGAGCUAACGAUGAACCAAAUGAGAAGAAAAUGAAGAGAAUGUUACGUGGAGCAAUAUUCUGCCUAGCAAAUGCAAACUGGGGAACAGCGCAAAUAGACACUGUACGCUGUUCACUUGCUAGUAUUAUUGAACCGAUGCGAAAUGCUGUUCAAGUUGACGAAACGAUCUGCUACGAUGUCCUCUUCGACAUCCGUCGGUUGAUUCAAAAGCACGGCCGUGAUUUGCAACACAUGACAUGGAUUAAGAUCGUUGAACUUUUCGAGACCGUCAUCGACCUUUGCGAGCAGAGAUUGGAAUACGCGCAAAAUUGCGAGAACUCCCUCCAUCAAAUCCUUCUGCUUACUGAACAACUUUAUUCUGAUGGACAUUUUGCGGCUCCGCCAGACUUACUUUAUGAUCUCAUUGAAAAAUGUGCUGAUCGCCGACCUGAUACAUCUGUCGUAAAGUUGAUACAAUAUAGGUCAAUGAAUUUAACACCUUUGACACCAAACUGGAUCCCGAGCAUGUUGCAGCUAGUCCGGAGAUAUUCUGGAGAAUCACAGCGACCAGAAAGGAGAAGCAAAGCAAUGUCUGAACUGCAUGCUUUCUACACCAAAUAUCGUCUUUUAUACGAACACGAACUAGUAACGCAGCUGAUGAUUCCAAUUCUGCAGGAAACCGAACACGAGUCGAGUUCGAGGAUUCAGUAUUUGAUGCUGAAUAUCCUUUUUGAUGUAGCGAAAACUGUAUCGCUAAGAGAUGAUGCGCGAUUGUUUGAAUCAGUCAUGGGAAUUGUGAGGCAGUUGUUCAUUUCUUCGAUCGUGCAAACAACUGCUGAAACGGCAAUAGAAGAUGAGGAUGAUGCUGAGACGGUGGUUGCACCAUCGCGCCCUCCACCUCGUGUCCCUGCAGCUAAAGCUGGAUCGCUGAGUUUCGACAAUCUUGAGGUUGUCGCGCAGAGCAUGUGUGAGCUGUUAUCUGAAAGGUGGUCAGUCCUGAAUCUAAAUACGUUGGGCAUCAUUGUUGGUAUAAUGGUAGAUCAUAUUCAUGCACAGUACGCAGCUGGUUGGACUGGUGAACAAGGCGCAGACGUACGGCUUCGCAUCUUUUCGGCGCUUUUAUCAAUUCAUUGUUGUCCCAUAACCAAUAGGCUAACCUAUCAUGGUUUCGGUGAGGACUGGCCGCUUAUCAACGUGUACACAAGGCGAUCGCAAACUCCGGAGCAAGAAGGAGAGCCUCCCGGAUUCUCUUGGUCACCGAUCUGUUCAGCAGUGACACUUGCUGCCAAACAAGACACUUGGUGGCCUGUUCUGCGUGCAAUUUUCCAGCAACUACGGAGAGUGCUGGAACACAUUGCGUUUGUGAAAACUGCCGGUACCGAGCAGGUUGAUGAGCUGGCGCAAGCACUUAUCUCCGUCUAUCAAAGAGUUGAACUUGGCGAAAUAUCACUACAUAUGAGCUCUGAAGACAGCCUUCCUGAACGAGGGCAAACGGACGAGAAACAGCUUAAAGCACAAGUCGCCAAAUUUCUUCCUCCUAUUCUUUGUACUUUGCUUAAUUAUCCUUGUCGUCAAGAUUUGAGGAAUACUGAACUAUGCAAAAUUUUGGUGGACUGCGUAGCGCAAGAGAGUAUGGAAGCUGUAAUGGCAUGUGAUUUGGCGAUCCAACUCGCACCAUCUGCUAUGGCUGGUAUGGCUCUAGUCUUGACGGAAGCAUUAUCACGAAUGCACUACAAUGCUGUGCGAGCUAUUCCUAUAAUGGAGCUACUGUCAGAUUCAGCGGAGAUCCCAGAGUUCCAUAAGUUUUUCCAGGAGAAGCACUUUCGGUCUAUUGUUGAUACUCUAGCGCCAUACACCAAUGUCCACAAAUUUAAUACGUUCAUCGUUGCCUCAAUUCAUCGUGUGAUGAUGCGGUGGUUUAGUCGAGUUCCGGAGAAAAUGCGUUACAGUAUCCAAAACCAUAUUGAGACUUCAGUACGAAUGUCACCGUUCUUGUCAGUACCUGAUGUAGCAUCCGGUGUAAGUAGGCAACCGAGUGGAGAUGGACGUCAGGUGCCUGGAGCGUUAUUCAUGUUAGGUGGCAAUGGAAUGCCAGAAACUCCACCUCCUAUGGAUGGUGCUGGUUCGAGAGAAGAACGAGGUCCAGAUAGGGUCCAUGGAGAGAUUCUGCGCGCAAUGUCUACUUUUUUCCACAUUGGACAGAUUGACAGCGAUUGGGGCGAUCCGAAGACACCAGAUCGACUGACAGAAGUUUCGCAGGAGCAUUAUUUUGUGAAUGACUCCAUUAUCACUGUUAGAACACUCACGGAACAGGUGAAAGUGAAAGUUGAUGGCGCAUUGAAAGAAAGUGAUGUCGAUGAUGUUUUCCUGUCGAAUCCUGAUCAAAAAGGACCGACUGAGACGUCACAACAACAAACCGGCAACUUUAAUGAGCAGAGAAGAAGACACCAAUCCGCCAUACAAGCCCGUCGAUCAACAAAUAAAUCAAUGGAUGAGAUCACGCCGAGGAAGACGGUCGAUGACAUGUAUGCAACUACAGGUUCUUUGCGAAGGAACAGCGUUUCAAAGGUUCCAAUAAUUUCUUGGACUCAGUUAAUUAUUCGCCACAUGUACGGGAAAAGCGGCUGGCUUAUGCGGGCCUUUGAGGAAUGGCCGGCAGAUUUCGAACAGACUGCUGCUAUCCCAAGGCCAGGUUCGAGCCUUCUACUUCAUUUUGCCAACCAGCCGGGUGCGGUUCGCCUUGGAAGAAAGCCAAACGAUGAAGUAUUACAGCGCUCAUUGCGUAAUCUAGACCGGAUUCCUGGAAUUGAGUACCAUGCAGUUGGAGUAUUAUACGUGGGGAUGUACCAGGAGACUGAAGCACAGAUUCUAGCUAACGUUUACGGUUCUGAACGAUACGCGAAGUUUCUGAAGUUACUUGGGAGUACUAUUCCUUUGGAUAACCAUCCAGGCGGGCUCAUACCUGGACAGCACGGUUCCUAUACGUACGAGUAUCAGGACGAAUUGAGCAGAAUUACCUUUCUUGUUGCAACCCUAAUGCCACAAGCGGAGAAUGAUCCUCAUUGCAACAUGAAGAAAAAAUUGAUCGCAAACAACUUUGUGUCUAUUGUAUUCAACGAAAGCGGUGCACCUUUCAAACUUGGGUCUGUGUGUGGCCAAUUUGUACAUGUUGCGUUGGAAGUGAUCCCCUAUGAUGAGAACAAUGUGUUGUUGCAACUUCAUGCUAAACAAGAAAUUUCUUGCUGGCUAGCAAUUCGCAGAGCAUUGCUGAAUGAUAAGUGCGCUGUUCGACUACUGCGUAAGAUGAUUGUAAGAUCACAACUGUCAGUUAACGUCUGGAGAAGCGUUCAAGAUAACGACGAACAACCGUACGUUUCUUCCGGCGUGGAUCGUUUACGAAAAAUCACUGCUAUUCGGGAGAAAUGUGCCAUGAUGCCACUUUCGAAAGAUGCUCUCUAG